AUGGCAUCAGAAUUGGCACCCCGACUGCUCCUCGCAGCGACCAUCCGGAUCGUGCUCGUCUUCUUCGGCAUCUUUGCCCUUGUCAACGCCGGAUCGUACAUUGGUCCAUUCCGGGACUUCAGUGGUGUCUAUGCGGCCACAGUCGCCGCAUGGAUCACGGUUACUUGGAACAUCAUUGCCGUCUCGGCUGCCGCCGUCCACCCGUACCUCCAGCGGUUUGCCGACAGGCUGCCCUUCCCCAUCAAGGUCACGGUCCGUGGCAAGACCAUUCUGUCAUACGGCGACUCCGAUGAGAACGGCGAUGGCCUGAUGGCGCCCCUCGUGGGCAAGAUCUCCCUAGCCGUAAUCGAUAUCAUCCUAGCUUCUCUCCUCCUGGCUUUCAUGCUCAUGUCUCGCGACUACACCCUGGAGUGUGACCACUUGGGCUGCCUUGGAAGAGAUUUGCGCGUCCAAAAAUGGAUCCUCAACUCCUGGUUGACGGUGGUUAUCUUUGAGUAUGCGCUGGCAGUCGUGCAGCUAUUUGAGGCUUUCGGCCUAUGGUACAACCGCCGUUAUAUGAGCAAGAGAGGUCACAUUAGCUUGGCAUGA